GAACGUUCCGUGGUCCGUGGAUGCAUCCGCGUGCUCCGCGAACAUAGACUUUGAGCUUUCCUUCGAUGGCUCCAUUCUCACCAAGAUCGUGAAUCUGUUCAGAGGCCCGAUCUCCCUGCUGAUCCGGAAGCAGGCGAUCAGCCAAGCUUGUGCUCAGCUGAAGGAGAUGGCUGCCGGUCCGCUUUCCAAGAAGCUGGCUGCGUUCAACCACCUUAUGCUGCCUCCAGGCUCCACAACCCUCACAAACCUCCUGCUUCAAAGCAGUGCCGUGGAGCUGGCUGAGAAGGCUGACGACGGCCUCCAGGUCACCUUCGAGAGUGUAGUGGAUGACAUGCUCGAGGAGGCUGCAGCUCCUGUGGAGCCAGCACUGCCGCAUGCAAACCUCCGCUUCGAGCGCAGGCUGGCCGAAGACACCGGCAAGACUGUGGACUGGACGCGUGACCCAUCCGUGAGCUGGAUGUCCUGGCUCUUGGAUGAUGUGGUUGGCCCCGAGAAGCUGGACCAGGCACUUCGUUGGGCCUUCGAGGGCGCGCAGUCAGUUUCCAUCCCAGGGCCUCUCACCCCUGUCGCGGUGAGCACCAUCCAACAGCCGGAUGCUGGGUUGGAGCUCAAGGUCCAGGCAUUCCUGAAGGAGGCAGUGGUGGAGGGAGCAGAUGGCAUGUCCGCCUUUACGCCGGUGCAAGCAGUUGACCCCAGUGACCUCCGCAUGAAGGUGAGCUGGGGCACAAAAGACCGCCCCGCUUUUGGCUUGGGCGUGGAUGUCCGUGUGAAGGUGGAAGCCGUUGACUUGAAGACGAAGCAGCCUCAGGCCUCGGUCGAGCAGGAGAUGAGCCUGCACUUGGGCCUGCUCUCGCCUUCCCUGGAUGUGACAGGAGAGGUGCUCAUCCUGCAGAGCGAGUGGCCAGGGCAGCAUACUCUUGCACAGUUCCUGGUGGCGCCCAAGGAGUGUCUUACCAGCGUCUUUAAGAAGGCGCCCUCCGUCAAGACCCUUCAGGUCCAGUUCGCGGGCCUUGCUGCCCCACUGAGCUUCCAGGCGAAAACUGUUGGUGCCCUGGAGGCCUCCCUGGCAGCUUUGCUCAACAACGGCGUGGCCCUCUUCAACAAGGUCUAUCAGCCCCUGCUGCCCGGCGCCAUCCAGCGCUUCGCGGGCUCCGAGGCCGUCAUCGAAAAGUUGAAUGCCCAGUUGCAACAGCAGCUGAAGCCAUCCCAGUGCAUCUCUCCUGCCAUGGCCUCGCAGCAUAUGCGGCAGACGGUUCCGGAGUACUACAGCAACUGGCCGCCCAUCUUCAACAACUUUGCUCGCAAGUGGAUCGACAACUUCUUCGAUGGCCUCAUUGCGCACAACACCAGCGUCUUGGAUGAAGGCCUUUCCAAGAUGCCAAAGCUCCCCUUGCCCCUGGAUGCGCAGUUCAGCCUGAGACAGCUUCUUGUGACGGGACUGGAUCAGGUUAGCAAUCUUCGCGUCUUGGUCCCCUCCGACGAACACAAGAGCUGGCUGGGCAUGAGUGCGGUUGCCAAGUGCCCGACACCGCAGGCGCCCUGGUCCCCAACCAUCUCUGUCACCGGCGCCGUAGAAGCCGGAAACUUCAAGGGCAACGGCUCCGUGAUCACGGAGAUGCCCUGUGGCACGGCCGAUGCCCAGUUGGAGGUGGAAGUCGACUUGUGGAACCUGCUGGACAUGCAGCUGCCGCCAACCAUGACGUGCGCUCUCCUGUCACCGCUUUCCCACUUGGACAUCCAGACGGUCGAUGCCACCUGGAAUGGCAACGGCAGGAUCAUCGUCAAGCCGGUUGAUGGACCUGCACAG